GUUUCCGCCCGGGCGUAGGAGGAGCAGAGGCUGCGCUAGAGGGGCAGGGAGCAGAGCUGCCUUGGGCCAGGCCCCCACUUCCCUCCUCCCUGCACCUCAGUGGGUGGUGGAAGUGGCAGCUCAAGGGGGAUGCUGUAGGGAGACGAAACGCACCGAGAGAGGGCGAGAGAAACAGUUCCAGCACGGCCAGCACCUUGGGCUCCAGCCACCAAGGCGUCAAACCUGCCACAAGCUUGAGGCUUUCUCAGGAAGUGAAUUUACAUAUCCCAGGCCUCUCCUGGAGAGCGUCCAGCCUGGACAGGAAAAAACAGUCCGGUCAGCAGGCGAAGCUCGAGCGCUGUGGCCAGGGGUUCCGCAGUCCUCACUCACCACGCCAAUGGGCAGCAGCCCGCGGGAGGCUUGACUACGCACUGCAGGAGCUGGCACGAGUGUUAGCCCCACCUUCUCCCGCCCCAGCAGGAUGGAGGGGCCCUGGGCACUGAGCUUCCUGCUGCUGGCCUGCCUGCUGCUGCCCGACUCCACGCUGAGCCAGCCCAGCCCCCCCGAGGAGGAGCAGGGAGAGGCAACGCGGGCACCGUCCCACCGCCACGCCGCCAGGGCCGAACGGGACCACGAGAAAUAUCAUCACAACCCGGACAAGCAGCCUCCCCGCUCCCAGUGCGUGCGCUGCUGCGACCCCCCCACGCACUCCUCUGCCUACCCCAUGUACCAGCCCCUGCCCCACAUCAACAUCACCAUCCUGAAAGGUGAGAAAGGAGACAGGGGCGAGCGAGGCCUGCAGGGAAAGUUUGGCAAAGCCGGAUCGGCAGGCAGCAGGGGCCACACGGGGCCCAAGGGCCAGAAGGGGAGCAUCGGGGCCACAGGGGAGCCAUGCAAAAGUCACUAUGCCGCGUUCUCCGUGGGCCGCAAGAAACCUCUGCACAGCAACGACUACUACCAGACACUGCUCUUCGACACCGAGUUUGUCAACCUCUACGGCCACUUCAACAUGUUCAUGGGCAAGUUCUACUGCUACGUGCCUGGCAUCUACUACUUUGCACUCAAUGUGCACACCUGGAACCAGAAGGAGACCUACCUGCACAUGGUGAAGAACGGGGUCGAGGUGGUGAUCCUCUAUGCCCAGCAGAGCGACCGGAGCAUCAUGCAGAGCCAGAGCGUCAUGCUGGAGCUGCAGGAGCAGGACGAGGUCUGGGUGCGUCUCUUCAAGGGCGAGCGGGAGAACGCAGUCUUCAGCGACGAGUACGACACCUACGUCACCUUCAGCGGCUACCUGAUCAAGCCCAGUGGGGAGCCGUGACCCCAGGUCUGGCCUGUCCGGCUAGUCCUCCCCCAAGGCCAUCACCCAUCUCCUGCUCCGCUCCUCUUCCUGGUGGCAGACCGCCAAGCCCUGUCAUGCCUGUGCCCACUCCCUGCUCCCCUUCCUCAGCUGGGGCAUGAGCCUCUCCAGGGUCGUCCUCUGCCAUUGCACAACGGUGCUCUCAUGCCGUCUGUGGCUGUAUACAUAUGGACGUGCCUCUCCCCACCAUGCCUUGCUCAGAUAACUGGGGUGAGAUGUAUUGGGAGUGAUUUGUGAAAGGAAGAGCUAUUCCAGCGAGGGAAACAGGCCUUCCUCGGGCAGCAGGCGGCCCGGGCUGGUAUUCAUUGGGAUGCGUGGGGUCUCAGCAUGGCCACCGCAGAAGCCAGUGCUGUGGCAAGGAGCCUCCCACAGGUGUGUGCUUUGGACACGUUUGCCUAGAGGCUAACAAAUCCGAGUCCUGGCACACACUUGCACCAGCUGAAGGUGCCCCAUUCUGGUACAGUUACAUGGGUGCAGACAUGACCUCACGGCAGAGGCAGAAGUUGCUCAGCACCAAGCAGGUGCAGGGCUCCCUGCUGGGAAGGGACAGGGAAAUGGCAGCUCCCUGGAGGCAUCUGCUUCAUCCACAGGGACCCUGGGAUUUACAGGGUGCAGAGAUGCCAUCUAGCAGCAGCAGGUGCUGUAGGGACCGGCCUCGCUGGGGCCUGGGAGCAGCGCCACACAGCUCCCAAUAAACCCUCCUUCAAUGUGGAGCUGGCAGAUUGACCUGCUGCAGCUUCCCCUUCCUGCUCUGCUCCGCACCCACCCGCACACGGAUGCCUCUGUGCAGGCUCUCGGGAUCCACGCCAGGGAGUCCUGCCAGCUGUGCUCUGCAUUGGAGUCCAGCAAGGCCAUGAGACCCCAGCCCCUGCCCCCAUUCAGGGCAUAGUGCUGAAUAGCCCUCACCCCGGCCCCGCACUCCUCAAUGGCUGACGGUCACCACCCUAGCUGCUCCCCCGCAGCCGGGGAGCUGGUUCCAGCUGGCGGCGCUGGUUGCAAUGGGCUUAGUCCCUCCUUCCUUGGUUAGUUCUGCUGGUCAGACUUUUUCUCUCUGUCGGUACAACACAGAGCGGGGCCAGGGCCCCGUGCUGCGCCCCCAGGCUCUCUGCGCUGCUCUGUAAUCACAUUAAACGCUGAAAGGGCUGGAUUGCUAGCUGGGCCUUGGUUUCGGGCUCCUUUCUCCACUUCACUCACACUCAGAGGCCCUGUGAGGGGACCCUUGGGCCUGGCUGGCUGAGCUGGGACUCCCUCCCACAAUGCCCUUUCCUCCAUGGGAACCCUGCAAACUGCCUGAACUGGGCCCGUCGGUCUCUGGAGCUCUCACUGGCUGCAGCAAGCAGCGGCAGGACUCUGGCCCCACAGGCCUGCCGGGAGCGCAGGACCCUCUCUCCUCUGGGGGCAGCACACGCCCUUGUGCCUUCCCA